UGUUGAGCUCCCGCAGAGAAGCGAGAAGCCUGCACCGCCGUCGUGGGCUGAGGACCGCCAGGGGGACAGCCGGGAUUCGGCCCCUCCAUCCCCGGAGCGUUUUUCCGCAAGCCAAGCCCCACUCACCGGGUGGCCAUGGCCUCACUGCCGACUCAGGAACCCCCGGUCCCUGACUUAUUUUCUGGGUUGCCACCGGCGGCCUCAACUCCUGCCAAUCAGAGCACAGAGGCCUCGGCGGUCAAUGGGUCGGCGGCUGACCCAGGCGCUCAGGCCAUCACGCCCUUCCAAAGCCUGCAGCUGGUGCAUCAGCUGAAGGGGCUGAUCGUGCUGCUCUACAGCAUCGUGGUGGUUGUAGGGUUGGUGGGCAAUUGCCUGCUGGUGCUGGUGAUUGCGCGGGUGCGUCGGCUGCACAACGUGACCAACUUCCUCAUCGGCAACCUGGCCUUGUCCGACGUGCUCAUGUGCACCGCCUGCGUGCCGCUCACGCUGGCGUACGCUUUCGAGCCCCGCGGCUGGGUGUUCGGCGGCGGCCUGUGCCACCUGGUCUUCUUCCUGCAGCCUGUCACCGUCUACGUGUCGGUGUUCACGCUCACCACCAUCGCGGUGGACCGCUACGUCGUGCUGGCGCACCCUCUGCGGCGGCGAGUCUCACUGCGCCUCAGCGCCUGCGCAGUGCUGGCCAUCUGGGCGCUGUCCGCGGUGCUGGCGCUGCCCGCCGCCGUGCACACGUACCACAUCGAGCUCAAGUUGCACGGGGUGCGCCUCUGCGAGGAAUUCUGGGGGUCUCAGGAGCUCCAGCGCCAGCUCUAUGCUUGGGGGCUGCUGCUCGUCACCUACCUGCUCCCCCUGCUGGUCAUCCUCCUGUCUUACGUCCGGGUGUCGGUGAAGCUACGGAACCGCGUGGUGCCGGGCUGCGUGACCCAGAGCCAGGCCGACUGGGACCGCGCGCGCCGCCGCCGCACUUUCUGUCUGCUGGUGGUGGUCGUGGUGGUGUUCGCCGUCUGCUGGCUGCCGCUGCACGUCUUCAACUUGCUGCGGGACCUCGACCCGCACGCCAUCGACCCCUACGCCUUCGGGUUAGUGCAGCUCCUCUGCCACUGGCUCGCCAUGAGCUCGGCGUGCUAUAACCCCUUCAUUUAUGCCUGGCUGCACGACAACUUCCGUGAGGAGCUGCGCAAGCUCUUGCUUGCCUGGCCACGCAAGAUCGCACCGCACGGCCAGACCAUGACAGUCAGCGUGGUCAUCUGAGGGCCCCACGCCAGGGCUUGGUUGGGGAGCUUCAAGUCCACUCAUCUCCGGGGGUGCCCAGCUGAGACCGGACUGGAGCACUUACGCCCAACGCCAGGGCGAAUCCAAUAUGUGGCAAAACUUCCAGCUUCGCCCUCCUGUCCAGCUGUCUUGUUUUGUCCUUGUGUCUAUGUAAAAUGUGAAGUGGGCUUUGGUGGGAGUCUUGUGCUUUGCCUGGAAGAGGCCAGGGAGAGGGGAGAGGAUUUAUUAUUUCCUCGUUAUGCCCUUGAAUGCCAAACAAAGCUCUUUCUCUUGGUUCCCAACAGUAAAUCAGAACUCUGGCUGUCUUCCUUGCUUUCCCUUCUACUUGCUCAAUGGUGAGAUGAAGGAACAAUGGGGGCGGGAUUUAAAAUGACUGCGUUUGGGUUGGUGAAGCUUUUUGGGUUGCCUUUUAAAAGGACUCAACUGAGCUAUCAUACCUGAUAUUUAUGAGUCAGUUUGAACCCAUUAAUUCUUAGGAUUCCAGGGAAAUAUGUAUUACAAAUCUAUAUCUGGGAUUCCAGCAUUUCCUGAAUAAGAACUUUCCACACAAAAAGUGUUUUACUUUUAGAUUCCCUUGAUUUUAUGGCACAAAAGUGCUCAGAAGCCAACUUUCAAAAGGUCUUGCUAUUGUUUCCCUCCUCCUAAUCCCCUAACUUCUAUUUGAAAAUGAUAAGGUGUGUUAGUCAAUGAAGUGGUAGAUAAAUAGGGACAAGAAAAAUGGUACAAAUGACUUAAAGGGGCAUGUAACUGUGCACGGGACAGACAUCUAUCUGUGUGUGUGUUUGUAUAUAUAUAUAUAUAUAUAUAUAUAUCUCCAGUGUUUGCCAUACGGCAAGUACACAGAUACUUGAUUUUCUGAAUACUCAGUAUAAACCAUGUUCCAAAGCAUUCUUUGCAUUCUCUAAUGCUCAGUUGCAACAGAUCAACAGCUGUCAUCUGACUGCUCAACACCUGCUUGGUGGUGACAUGCUUGGAACACAAUCAACCCAGAAAGCAAGGACUGGGAGAAGUUUGCUUAAGGCCAGAACUGAAAAAUCAACUACUACUCGAUUGCCAUCGAACACCUCAUUCCUUCCAGGGUUAAGGCGACAGGUGAACACUGUUGGGCCAUGAUAGUAGGCUGAUGAUCCUCACCUUGUCCUCCUGAGAAUUUUGUAAAUGAAGACAAGCGCCCUGGGACAAGGGUUUUCACAUUGUUGUGGGAGCAGUGAGUGGACAGUGAGGGUGAGAGUCUUGGGAAGUGAUACACAUUAUCCACCUGUCAGACCAGCCCCCAACGCAUAAAGGGCACAAACCAGUGCAGCAACUGCACAUCUGUUACCAUCUGUAAGACUCCAGUACCACCCUAGCUCACUAUACAGUAAAAUUAACCUCUCUCCUUGUCUUACUCUCUGAAAUGAGCUCGUUCACUCGUGAAAGUAUGCCCUGAAAUGAAGGGAAAGAGGGGAAAGACUUGGGGAUGACAAGGAUUAAGUCCUAUUACUUCAAUGCCAGCAACCACGAUGGGAGAGUUAAGUAUUCAUGGUUGGGCUAGUUAGCAGUAUGCAUCUUCAGUAGUUAUAUAGCUAGACUGCAGCAUGGAGGAGGGCAGGGAAAGGCUGGCUUGGGAGAAAGGAGAAAGCAGGUUAACUUGGGAGAUGCAAGUUACCUUUGGCAAUGGCACAAAUAAGUAAUGUUCGGCUUCAUCUGUGGGUGUGGAGCACAAAGCCUGUGCUCUAAUAAUGUAGCCCACCUGUAGCAUUAUGUCACUCGCCCAUUCUAAAUGAGCUUACCUCCCAGGCAUCCCAGAGACUGACUCCAGUGCUUCUAGCAGCUCUAUUACUUGGGACGCUCAAGGCCAGACAGACAUUUCAUGUUUCCUCAGAGCACUCUUUUGAUGGGAAUGUGUGGACAAUGGAGGGGAUGGGGGAAAGGAUGGGGUUAGUUGGGGGAGAGAUCUAAUUGUAGUUUCUGUUUUGGAAAGUUUAAGUCCCUGGUUCUCAGCCCUGGCUGCUCCUAGAAUCAAUUGGAGAGCUUUCAAAAAACAUUGGUGCCUAGGUCCUAUGCACAGAGAGUCCAACUGAUCUGAGAUGAGACCUGGGCCUCAGCAUUUUUCAAAGCACUUCAGGUGACUUUAAUAUGCAUCCAAGGCUAAACCCCUUUAGAAUUGUCCUCUAAUGAGUCUCAGCAACAUCUUAAUGAAGCUUUGAUUGUACCUGCCAAAGGUAUAAUGAAUCUGGAGUUGAAUUCUGACAGGGCAUUGCAUGCUACACUCGGGGAAUAAUACUCUUAGCCUUCAGACAGUAUUCAUCAAUCACACAGAGGCAAAUCUGUAUAAUCAGAAUAUAUAAGUAUUCAUUCAAUACUUUCCUUACAAAUCUCCUAUGAGUAAGGCAGUGCAUGAGUCCAAUCAGUUGUUUUUUUUCAACUUGAGAUUCAUUUGCAUUAUAAAGUUUUACACCAUGAAUUAUUCCAAAUCCUGGUUUCUAGGGUGUUAAAAAAAAAAAAAAAUUGAAGCGUUCUCUGAUUAGCUUGAUUUAAAUCUACAUCAACUGUGAGAAGAAAGUGUCCUCAUUAAUUACUAGAAAAGCUGCCCGCUGUUUCUAUGCCUACAACUUAAGUUAAAAAUUUAAACAUUUGCAUGGACUUUAUGGAGAGCCUAAAGAGGCUGGAGAAUUAUGUUGUGUUUAUAAACAUCUUUACGAAUGAUCCAGAUUGCCACCUGAACAUCAGCUAAUUAAUUCUUACCCUAUCUAAAAUCUAUCUGGGACUAGUUUGACUAUAAAACAAACCAACUUAAAAAAAAAUCUCUCAGGAGUGAGUCCUAUAGAAAUGCACAUAGCGCCGAGGUAGAAAAUUUCAUUUAGUAUAACUUAUUUUAGUUAAUACGAAACAUUCGGUCUUUUUACUGCAAGAAGUCAUGAAGGCCAUAAAGUUGGGAGCCGAUCCAGCCCGGUACUUGGCAGCAGCCCGUUCCGAGGCCGACGGGAGGUUCUGUAAUCCUCUCUGCAAGCAUUGUCACUGGGUCUCACUUUUGGCAGCCAAUCAAUAGAUUUAUCUCAGUAAAUCAGCUGGGGAGUGUUUCAAUAUGUGUUGGCAACAGUUACCUGGAAAUAGCAACUCUGAGAGACUCUAAGGUAACAAUAUUCCAAUUGAUGCAUGCUUCCUGAAUUUUUGUUCUUGUAGAUUUUUUCAGCCCACUCUUCUAUUGGGAGUGCUAAGUUCCAGGUUUAAUUUCUCAGGUAGGCUGGUUAACCAUCUCUGUUCCGUGGCUUGCAUUUCUGAACAUUUAGUAGUCUUGCAAAAUCAAGGGGCCCCAGGCAAGAGCGUAGCUGGAUC